GGGCACGUCCUCCCUUUAGAACGACUGCGCUAUGCGGGGCAUGUCGGAUGUCGCGUUCCGACCAGUCUUCGCCACAUACCAAGAGAUUUUUCGGUUGGAAACGACCGCAUACCUCACUACCCCAUCCGAACGCUGAAUAAUCCGACGAGACAGGUGGACGGAGUCUGUCAGUUCAACGUUUGCUUCUCUACGAGUUGCAUCAACGUUAUGGACGCUCUCUUUCGACAAACGGUAAAUUUCGCAUAUAAUUUCGAGAAAAAACGAAAAAAUUAAUAUGGAAAAAGAGAAUAAAUCGGAAAAAAUCUCCAGUUCGGUAGAAGAUAGCAAAGAAGACGAAGCGGUUGCGUCCGUCCCGUUACGUCAACGUCGAUUUCCGGCCUCGUUUUGGCAGGAACCAUCCCGACUUCCGGAAAAAUGGUUAUACGUCAGCCAAGUUCCGAAUCAAAAUCCCGGUUCUUCGGCUUUCGUUAGUCAAACGAAUGUAUCAGUUAUGUCGAGACCGUCCUCGUCGGGAAUGGUCAACUGUCCAUGUUCGGCAUGUAAGACGCCAUUUUAUUAUCCAUUAAGAUGGACUGUGCCAUAUUAUUGUCAGACGAUCGUUUCUCAUCCUUAUUCCUUCUAUCCCAACGUAUCACCCCAGUGUUGCCAUCCAUGUAAAAUAUGUGAUUCGCCCAGAUUCGAAAGUAGGAAAAGUUUUAGAUAUUAUCCCGUUUGAUUGGCAAACAAAUUGAAUGUUUCCAAUA